AAACGCGGCCGCUCAAAGUCUAUCACUCCACCUCCUGCUAUACCGCAAUACCAGCUAGAUCAUGCAAAAGAAGUUGUUAGAAAUACUCUUGGUGGAGAUCGCCAGUCAUCCCCAGAUAUUGAGGACGAUUUCGAAGAAGAAGAUUCUUUUGUUUAUGAUCCACAGUUAGCCAAGAUCGCUCAAAAUGUGAAAUCUCAAUCCAAACUUCUCGGCCACACCUCUUCUUCCGCCGAACCCAAUGGAGGAAAUGACACUGUGAAUAUCACUGUUAGAUGGGAGCCUCAUCCAUUGAACGAGCAUGGGAAACGUGAUACUUGGGGCUUCAAGUUAGACAGGACUGAUAACUUUUCCGAAUUGUUUGAGUCAGUUGCCGAAGAAGCUAAUGUGCUUGCGGACAAACUUGUCAUGGCUUAUAGAGGGAAUCGAUUUUUCUCUUCUGUUACGCCUCAGACCCUCAACAUUUGGAGCGAUGCAGAAUUUGUCGCCUGUGAUUUACCCACUUAUGAAUAUAAACGGAAGGUGGCCGCGGAACAGUUGCGCUCUGAAGCUGCAGCCAAAGCGAAUAAGACUACUACAGAUCCCCCCUCGAAUAUUAUCGAGAUUGACUCUGACGAAGAAGACGACAAAAUCGCACCCGCUGGGGAUGACCAGGACGAAGACAAAUUCAAAUUAGUCUUUCGUUCCGCUCUAACUUCAAAAGACAUUACCCUCAAUGUUCGUUCAACAACCAAGUGCGGCGCUAUUGUCAAUGCUUUCCUCAAGAAAGCCGGGUUGAUGGAGAAAUAUCCGGCACUUUCUGCGGAUGGUAGCAGUUUACAGAAGAAGACCAAGUCGAGGAGAAGUGUCGUUGGUUCGACGAUUAAUAAGGUGCCGAAGCUGAGUAUUGAUGGUGACAAGGUUGGGAAUGAUAUAGAGAUUGGGGAUUAUGACCUUGAGGAAGGUGAUAUGGUUGAGGUGGUCGACCUGUAG